GAUCAACCUGCUGUGUCCUUGCUCUGGGUGUCUAUGAUCCUGCCGAUCUGAAUACGAUGGAGGGCUAGAAGCUCACAGCCACUUCAUACCCACUUACCUUUGCUUCAAUACAUACUGAAGCAAAUAGGCAGCAACGUGAAAUAGCUAUAAAAGGGGGCCAUCAGUCCGUUGCAUUUCGAUUCUCCAGUUCUACAUCUUCAUCCCAACACAGCUUCAGUUUGCUUUCAUAAAUAAUAUCAUCCGCACCAUGGCAUCCUACCCAGAGAAUGUUGGCAUCAAGGCCAUGGAGAUCUAUGUCCCAGCCCAGUGUCUGGAUCAGACCCUCUUCGAGCAAUACCAAGGUGUCUCCGCCGGCAAGUACACCAUCGGACUAGGCCUCCAGUGCAUGAAUUACUGCACCGACAGAGAAGAUGUCUGCUCUCUGGCUUUGACAGCUGUGUCCUCCCUCCUCAAGAAAUUCAGCAUUGAUCCCAACUCCAUCGGACGUCUCGAAGUAGGCACGGAAUCCCUGAUCGACAAGGCCAAGUCCAUCAAGUCCAUCCUUACAACCCUCUUCGAGCCCUCCGGCAACACAAGCAUUGAAGGUAUUGACACUAUUCACGCCUGCUACGGCGGGACCAACGCCCUCUUCAAUGCCAUAAACUGGGUCGAGUCACGGUCCUGGGACGGCCGGGACGCCAUCGUCGUAGCAUCUGAUAUUGCCCUCUACAAGGAGUCUUCCUCCCGUCCCACGGGUGGCGCAGGCUGCGUUGCCAUGCUCGUUGGUCCCAACGCACUACUCUCCCUAGACCACAGCAUCAAAGGUGUCUACAUGACGCACACAUACGACUUCUACAAACCAGACCUCAAAGCCGAGUUCCCUCUCGUUAAUGGUCAUGAAUCCAUCACUUGCUAUAUUCGUGCCCUGGAUGGAUGCCACAAGGACCUCCUCCGUCGCAGAAGCAUAAACAAUAAGAACGUGGAAAAUGUCCUCGACCUCUUCGACUACAUGGCUUUCCAUACUCCAAACUGCAAACUAGUGAGCAAGUCCUAUGGUCGACUCAAAUACAACGAUCUUCUACAUCAAUCGAGCUCGAAACCAGACCCAGACCUGACCGACAUCCCGCCUGAGCUCCGCACCCUGACCUACGAAGAAUCCCUCAAAGACAAGAACCUAGAGAAAGCGCUCGUAGCUCUAACCAAGAACCAGUUCAAGGAGCGCGUUGAACCAUGCAUCACUGCCCCAUCCUUGUGUGGAAACAUGUACACAGGCAGUCUCUAUUGCUCACUUAUCAGCCUGAUCAGUAAUAUCGAUUUGGCUAAUGCGCAGGGGAAGACUAUUGGCAUGUUCAGUUACGGCAGCGGUCUAGCCAGCACUCUCUUCGCCCUGAAAGUAACAGGCGACUUGGCGCCCAUGGUUGAGAAAAUUGAUCUCAUGAAUCGUCUGAAGCAGAGACAUGUCGCUACUCCGGAGGAAUAUGAAGAGGCCUGCGCACUCCGACUAAAAGCCUACGGAAGCAACAACUAUACCCCAUCUGGCGACAUAGCUUCCCUAGCACCGGGAACAUACUACCUGGAGAAGAUUGACGAGGUGUAUCGGCGGACUUAUGCUAUUAAAUCUUGAUCCUGAGGAUCUCUGGGCUUACUGGUCUGGGGCAGUGAUGAUUUGUUGCUCAAUUUAAACUAAUCAAUAAAGGUCGGUCUCCAUCGGGAAUUCUUCUGUUCCUAUCUCAUUUCAGUGUGACCUCUUUAGGUAAAGGACUUGGUACUUAAAAUCAAUGGAAAUAAAUCGCUUCUACUUGAUCAAA